AUGACAUCGUCAUUGUCUCUCGACGCCGUAUACCGUACCCCUAUCGAGAUAUGGCGCAGAAUAUUCGAGUUUUGCCUUGGUCCAUCACUUUUGGAGAUUACUGCGUCGACAUUGAGCGAAUGCCAGGCUUUUCUGGAAGACGAAGUAGCUUUACUACAACGAUAUGUUGCUGUUGAGCGACAAAGAGGGCGAAUUAGACUUGUCUGCCACUCAUGGAGACAACUAGCAGACUCUCUGGGUGAUAGGAUCGUGGUGAGCCACUUGGACGAGCACGAGUGGCCUCCCUACCGUAGCAAGAAUAGCGCGCACUACAUCUCGUAUCGCCACUACACGUCUUAUCUUCAUCAAAGUCCACUCAGCACUUAUAGGCGUGGCAUAGGCGCGAGAGAGCCUGCUCCAGUCGCCAAACCAAUCAAAAUCACCCGCGACAUGCCAUUCGCUUCAAUCACCACACUCGCUGCGUCUACACUUGAUCUUUCGGAUAUAGAUCGCGACACCCCGCCAGCAAACGUCUACUUUCUCGGCGUCGGCCCACAGGUAGACCCCCACGCUCUCGCCCACCCUCUAUUUUACAACAUCCAGAUCCUCGAUAUCCUCACGCGCUAUCCAUUCGAGAGCCGGGACGCAGGCGUUCUGCGCACCUUGCCCAAUCUCCGCUGCUUGAUGCUAGCCAUGAGCCACAAGAGCCUUGUCCGGGACCCCGGAAUGACUUUGUCAGCGUGGCACUUCCCCAAACUCGCCCUAUUUAGCGUCUUCCUUUGGGGUAGCCCUUUUACACUCUCCGAAGACCUACUCCAAUUUGUUCACAAUCACAGCUCCACGCUGGAAGAAAUCGAUUUCCCACCUGAAGAGCAAAGCCACUUUGCAAGGAACGCCGACUGGUCGCGCUUCACCCGGCUGAGGGCGAUCAAGCUCUCAGACCUGACCUCCCUUACAGACGCACUGCCCAAUUUGUCGUGCCGCUGGACACCGAGCGCUAGCACACGAUUGACAAAUACCUCGGAAAUACCACCACUAACGAUUACUAUAGACGUUUUGCGCAGAACACCAUCCUCAAACGAGAUGGUCACUCGGCUCCUUGCAUACCGCGACGUCUUGCCAAACCUCACCUUGCGACUAUCUCUUCGUUGGAGCGAGUGGUUGCAUAAUGCUCAGGUGCUGAUCAAAGAGUCGAGGCGACGCGAGACAUUGCGUCUCUCGGAUGGACUCCGGCAGUAUCAAGCAAGCACCAGCGAGAUCUUCGCCAUUAUAGACGAGACACCGUUACGAGUGAUCGAUUUUGGUGGAGAUUCGGCCAUCUGUGACGCUGCAAAAGAAUUGCGAGCACUUGUUUUCGAAGACGGGCCUCGAGCGCCGUUACAUGUAUGA